AUGGAUCAAAGCUUUGAUGAGCAACUAAUCUCCAUCUUACCCCAAUAUCCUGCGAUUUGGGAUAAAAGUUCAAAGUUGUUUAGAAAUAAACAAACAAAAAGUAACUGUUGGCAGGAGAUAAGCAAAACUCUUGGCUGCACAGUGGAACGUGCUACAUUCCGAUAUAAAUCUCUUCGAGAGAAAUUUAGGAGAGAAACUUUGAUUCUCAGUAGAGAAUAUAAAAGUGGGACUAGCCCUUCUGGCCGAGAGGAAUGGCCUCUAUAUGAGGCAAUGAAAUUCUUGGAAAGGCAAAUAAGGCCAAGAAAGACUGCAUCAAAUAUUCAUGUAAAUGAAAUAGAGGAGGUGAUGACAGUGUCUCAAACACAAUCAUCACUAGAUACUGUCGACUUCGAUGAAGAUCAGGCACUGGAUAACCAAUACGAAGAUUUAUUGCUGCUUCCAGCAGCAGGUUGUUCAAAUGUGCCGGAGGUAAACAUUUCACCAGUUUCUGCGGCCAUGUCAAUGGCAACGCCAAGACAAAAAGCCAAAAGGAAGCAAGCAGAUAUUAGUAAUGAUGUGUCUAGCAUUUUAACUCGACUUACUGAUGUCGCAGAGAAGAGCGUGCAGGAAAAAGGCACCACCAGUGACUACCAUCAUUUUGGACAGUAUGUUAGUGAAACUUUAAAGAAACUGCCAGACAGGGAAGCUGAUUUAGCUAUAGAAGAUAUUAUGUCUGUACUGUUAACAGCCAAACGAAAGUGCAGAGGUGAAGCAACAUAA